AUGGAAUAUUUUUACUUUGUUUCAGUUGUAUUUUGCGAUUAUGCCGCCUCAGGAAGAUCGCUACAGUUCAUCGAAGAGUACAUUCUACGAGAAGUACUCCCAACAUAUGGCAAUACUCAUUUUACAACAAGCAUAUCGUCACUACAAACCACCCUCUUUAGACAAGAAGCAAGGGAAAUCCUAAGAUCAUCAGUGAAUGCUAGUGAAGAUGAAGCGGUGAUAUUCUGUGGUCACGGCUGUGUCGAGGCCCUACACAAAUUAAUAUGGGCCCUAGAUGUACGAGACAAUCCCGUCAUUUUCACAGGGCCUAGUGAACACAGAGAAAAUUUAACUUUAUGGCAAAAGACUGGAGCAAAGAUUGUCCGAAUCCCAGAAACCAAAGACGGCCUCCUAGACUUAACCGAUCUCGAAAAUCAAUUAAGACUGCACCAAAACUGCGGAAGACAAUUAAUCGGUUGUUUCUCAGUUGCGUCCAGCGUAACCGGCAUCUUUUACGACGACGUUACUUGCACGAUUUUGUUGCACCAAUAUGGCGCUCUGGCGUUUUGGGACUACAACAUGGGCGCGCCUAAUGUCCAGAUAGACAUGAACCCCACAGUACAAGGAGUUGAGGAUAAUAGUUUAGCGCACAAGGAUGCUGUCUAUUUUUCUGGACACAAAUUCGUUGGUGGUGUUCAAACGCCAGGUAUUCUGAUAGCAAAAAAGUCGAUUUUUAGACGUCUUAACACUGGCGAGCCAGACGGAUUUUUCGCUUCCAGUGAACAUGAAAAAGGCUUUGAGCUGCAAGAAGAAGGCAACUGUGCAGCUGUAAUCGAAUCCAUUCGAUUCGGACUAGUGAUGCAGCUUAAAGAAACUGUUUCAGCCGCUCAUAUUCAGCAAAGACAAGAAAAAAUAAACAAACAAAUGCUGCAACACAUCCGUACCAUCCCUGAAAUAAUCCUUCUGGGCAACACGUCGCCAAAUCUAAAAAGAGUCUCCAUCUUCUCUUUCAUGGUGCGCCAUCCUCGCGGGACGUUUUUGCAUCACAAUUUUGUCUGCGCAGUCCUAAACGACGUUUUCGGAAUACAAGCUCGCGCAGGAUGUCCUUGUUCAGUGGCUUACGCGCAGGAACUAUUGGGAAUCGAUCAGACUUUGGCCGAUCAAUACGAGAAUAUUAUUUUGGAAGAUAGACGUCUCUCGAGUCUAAACCUGGGAUCAGAAAAUUCUACUUUAGGGCUUCUAAGGCCUGGCUUCACAAGAAUCAGUCUUCCGUAUUUUAUAAACGACUCAGAAUUAGCUUUUGUGAUGGAGGCCGUUAAAAUGGUGGCCACAGAAGGCUGGAAACUAUUGCCUCAAUACGUUGUGGAUUUGGAAACUGCAGAAUGGAGACAUCAUACAAAUGCUGUGCAUAAAGACAGAAAAUGGUUGUCUUCAAUAAGGUACAUCGAUGGUAAAAUGACAAUGAACGAACGUCGGAUUUCCGGUCCAGGCCUGUUUCCCCAAAAUUACUCAGAAUGUCUACAAACUGCCCGAAAUCUUUUCAACAGAGCAAGAAAAACGGCCAACCGAAUCCCGUAUCAGGACCAAGGCAUCGUGUUCGAUAGCCGAGGCGAAAAACUGCGCUGGUUCAUACUACAACACGAAGCCCAAGCUCUAUUAACCAGCAACGCCCAAGCCGUCAAGCAAAAAGUCCCAUUCGAUCCUGGCUCUUACAUGAGCACAAAGAAGACUGAUAAUAAUAAGCAUUGCGAUGAACAGCCGCACACUUCUACAGCCGUUCACCAUCAGGCGCAUAACAGUAGUAUAGAAUCACCAAGACACUACAGCCUACCAUCUCUGGAUGAUCCUAAACUGAUGCAAUGUUCGUCACCGGUGCCAUAUUUUUUGCAGGACGUCAAUGGACUGUACUAUCCACAAAUGUCACAACCUACAGUGAAUUUUGCAGUUGGAGAAUCCAUGAAUUCGGCUAAUUUACAUUUGCAACAACAGAAUUAUGCUAGGGACAGGUGCUUGAGUCUUGGACAUCCGAACGUGUCGCCGCCUGUUUUGAGCCCUCAAACUCGGGCCAGCUUAGGAAUGAGCGCGUUCAGAACACGGCAGAUGAGCUGCAGCAGUCAAACCGAUAUGCACUCGUUGGAUUCCGACGCCAAUCUUUCUCCCACUCACAGCUUGAACAUUUUAUCCACUAGCUCUAUUGAUUGUAGCCAGUUGGGUCGAGCAUCACCAGCCCCAGAUCUCCAAACCUACGUGACUGAAAUGACCAAAGAACUAGCCACGAACAUCAAGUCUGAGAUUAGAGAGGUGAUUUCCAAAGUCGAAGAUGUCCUAGAGAACACCGACAGCGACAGAGACAAUUCGUUUUUCUACGAGCGCAACGGAAGCGGAAGCGAAGACGGCCGCAGUGAUUCGAUUUCAGCGAACGAAGUGGCCGAAUAUUUGGAAAAAAUCUCAAUCGAAAUGGCCAAUGAAGUCAAGUCGGAAAUACGCGACGUUGUUAGUGCCGUGGACGUUUUUAUAUCUCCUGAAUGCAAUCAGCUGACGUACUCUAGAUCUAGUCCUCCUAGAAGCAAUUACACACCUGGAAGUAGCAGCGACACUGUGAUAAAUUUAAUUAGUCCUGCUGGAUCUUCGAAAAGAGAAGAAAACGGUACCAAGUGCAAAAGCAAAAUAUUACCCGCAUCUACAGUUGCUAGCCUUAGCUCACAAGACAGUGGCAUAAAUAUGUCUUUCCACGAACAAGAACACUUCCAGUUGAACUCGGGCGGCGAAUUUAAGGCCCGCAGUAACUCCGAUUCACGCGGCCAUAGAAAAUCCGACUCGGAAAUUAAGUUUUCCACUUUGCAAAAGAAAAGGCCGUCGAUGCAUCGCGAUAUGAGCGACGAUCCGGGAAAUUUGGAAAAUAUCGUUUUGAAACGUUGGAGUUGUUCCGAGAAAAACUUAUGGUCGCCUAGCGUUCAAGCUAUCACCGAGUACCAAAUGAUCAAAGAUGGUGACAAAGUUAUGGUAUGUCUCUCAGGAGGCAAAGAUUCUCUAGGUCUUCUGCACACUUUAUUACAAUAUCAAGCCCACGUCCAAAAACAAGGAGUACUAUUUAGUAUCGGCGCUAUAACCGUGGAUCCAGACUCUUCCGGAUGCGAUCCUUGUAUUUUAAUUCCUCAUUUGAAAACGCUAGGAGUUCAUUAUAUUAUAGAUGACAAAAAGAGUGAUCCUGGAAGCGAUACUGAGAAACUUGAAGAAGCCAAAGAAAAUUUGUACAGUUUCUGUACAAGUACUCUCAGACGUCGACUCUAUUCGGCAGCUAAGAGUAGUGACUACAACGUACUGGCCAUCGGUCAGCAUUUGGAUGAUUUAUGUGAAAACUUUUUGCUUUCUGUAUUUCACUUGGGAAAAAUGAGGAGUAUGAGAGCACAUUAUUACAUAAAGGAGCAUGAUUUAAGAGUAGUAAGGCCAUUAGUCUACGUAAGAGAAAAAGCAUUGCGUCAAUUUGCUAGUAACGAAAACCUACCAGUGUCCAAUGUCCAAAGUCCGAACUUAUCCAAAGAACGUCAACGCAUCAAACAACUGUUAACGCAACAGGAAAUAUUAUUUCCUAAUUUGUUUGUUAGUCUCAAAAACGCUUUGCAUCCUCUAAUAGGUUUUCAAAUAAGAGAGUGCGAACUUAAAUGCAGAAGGCUUUCGAAGAGUUCUAAAGAUCAAGAUGAUUGGCACGAAGAAACUGACGAGGAACCCAUCGUAACUGAUGACUGAUUUUUUUUUUAAUUUAAUUUUUCUUUUAAAGUACAAAAUGAUUUGGCGAUAUUAUUGUAUUUUUUCAUUGUCUUUUUUAUUUAUAAAUUUUAUUGAAUUAGGAAUGAUCUCGGAAUCGGUUAUGGUCUUAAAUACUUACAUACUUAUCAAUAAAAUUAUACUUUGCAAAGUCAAUUUGAAACCUUUUCUCGAAAAUCCAAUAAACCUGAAUAUAGUUUUUUGAGCUAAACAAUUUAGAAAAGAUUUGUCGAUUUUUGAGAUACUGAACAGGUGUAAAAGUUUUUGAAUUAACUUUGUAUGUAAAAAUUAAACAGAAAACACCAAAUUUAUAAUGUUUUAUUAUUGAAAAUGUGCCAUUUUAAAGUUAGGCAUUAAAAUAGGCUAUAGUUCUGAGCCAUUUGUCGUGUGAUAUUUUAAAUUUCUAAGAGGAAUUUGAAAAAUCGCAAUCUAUUAAUUAAGAUAUCUACAAUGAAUAUCUUUAUAUUUGACUUGUUUUGUUACUAAUAUGUAAGCAUUGAUUAUUAGAGUUAAGAUUUGAAAAGGUAAAACUAAUUGGAUUGAAUGUUUUCAGACACUACUGUAUCAAAAAUGAGUUAGUCUAUUUAUUUCUUCAUGUAAUCAAACAAUUUAUUAUUACACUGUCAAGGAGAAAACAAUAAUUAUUAACAAUUUAUACAUAUUUUUAAUUUUUUGUCAGAAUAUUGUGAUUGAAAAAUUAAUUCACUCAUUAAUUAAAUAUUACGUUGAAUUGUAGAAUCGUUUUUUGUUAAGUUAAUGUUUUUUAAAUGGUUUGUUAUUUUUGUAAAUUAAAUUGUUAAGAGUAUAAUAUUUAUAUUUUGGCAAUUAAUAUAAACUCAUAUUAUCUUAAAAAAAUAUGAGAUAAUCGAGAAAUGCAUAAACUUACUCACAAUAUUUAUUCCAUAAACUAUAUUUAAUUUAUAUUUAUUGAAUUUAAGUGUUUUACUUAUUUUUAAUAAUACUUAUAGGUAUAUGUAGAUAACACUUCCAGUCAUUAUUAAAAAACGAAAGAAAGUGAUUUUUAAAUAAUAUAUUUUACGAUUGUUUUAAAACGAUGGGAGGCUAUAUUUAAAGAUUGUUGAGAAACACACGUGUAAAAGUGAAUAUUUUAAAAAUAAAAUAAAUAAAGUAGUACAUUUUAGUAUUAAUCAUCCACAGC